AUGUCUUUGCAAUUACUUAAUCCUAAGGCUGAAUCCUUAAGAAGAGAUGCUGCUUUGAAGGUCAAUGUCACAUCUGCUGAAGGUUUACAAUCUGUAUUGGAGACCAAUCUAGGUCCAAAGGGUACUUUGAAGAUGUUAGUCGAUGGUGCAGGUAAUAUCAAAUUGACUAAAGAUGGUAAGGUUUUAUUAACUGAAAUGCAAAUUCAAUCCCCAACUGCUGUAAUGAUUGCCAGAGCUGCUGCUGCUCAGGAUGAAAUUACCGGUGACGGUACUACUACUGUGGUAUGUUUAGUAGGUGAAUUAUUAAAACAAGCUUAUAGAUUUGUUCAAGAAGGCGUCCAUCCAAGAAUUGUCACCGAUGGUUUUGAAAUUGCUCGUGCCGAAACAUUAAAAUUCUUAGACGAAUACAAAGUAUCUAAACUUAACGAUGAAACUGACGAAGUUGAUAGAGAGUUUUUACUACAAGUUGCUAGAUCUUCGUUGGCAACAAAGGUUAAGCCAGAACUAACUGAAAUUUUAUCCCCAAUUGUCACUGAUGCAGUUUUAAAUGUCCAAGAUAAAGAAAACAAAAGUUUGGAUUUAUAUAUGGUGGAAACUAUGCAAAUGCAACAUUUAUCUCCAAAUGAUACAGUAUUUGUCAAAGGUUUAGUUUUAGAUCACGGUGGUAGACAUCCUGAUAUGCCUCAAAGAGUUGAAAACGCUUAUGUGUUAAUCUUAAAUGUUUCCUUAGAAUACGAGAAGACUGAAGUUAACUCCAGUUUCUUCUAUAGUACACCUGAACAAAGAGAUUCAUUGGCUGCAAGUGAAAGAAAAUUUGUUGAUGAAAAGUUGAAGAAGAUUAUCGAUUUGAAGAAUGAGGUCUGUGGUUUAGAUUCUGAUAAAGGUUUUGUCAUCAUAAAUCAAAAAGGUAUUGACCCAAUGUCUCUGGAUGUUUUAGCAAAACACAACAUUUUAGCUUUAAGAAGAGCCAAAAGACGUAAUAUGGAAAGACUGCAAUUAGUAACAAGCGGUGAAGCUCAAAAUUCUGUCGAUGACCUUUCUCCUUCCAUAUUGGGGUACUCGGGAUUAGUUUAUCAAGAAACUAUUGGAGAAGAAAAAUUUACAUAUGUCACAGCCAACAAAAACCCUAAGUCAUGUACUAUUUUAAUUAAGGGUUCUACUAACUAUCAAUUGGCACAAACUAAAGAUGCUGUUAGAGAUGGUCUAAGAGCUGUUGCUAAUGUAUUAAAAGAUAAAACUGUUGUUCCAGGUGCUGGUGCAUUUUUUAUUGCAGCAUCUCAACAUUUAAAGAAGUUAAAUAUGAAUAAGCUAGGUGCUAAGGGUAAAACUAAGACUGGUGUUGAUGCUUUUGCUGAAGCUUUAUUAGUUAUUCCUAAAACUUUGAUUAAAAACUCAGGUUAUGAUGCCCUGGAUGUUCUUGCAUUAUGUGAAGAUGAAUUAAAUGGCGCAGAAGAAAAUGGCGAACGUAGAUAUGUCGGUGUUGAUCUUAACUUGGGUGAUUCAUGUGAUCCAACUAUUGAAGGUAUUUGGGAUUCUUACAGAGUUAUUAGAAACGCUAUAAGUGGUGCAAAUGGUAUUGCUAGUAAUUUAUUAUUAUGUGAUGAGUUAUUAAGAGCUGGUAGAUCAACUUUAAAAGAAUAA